AUGAUAGGUCUUAGCUGGAACUGUAGAGGGUUUGGAAACCCUCAUAUAGUUAGAGAGCUGCAUCGAUUGGUGAAAACAAAGUGUCCUAAUUUUGUAUUCCUAAUAGAGACUAAAUGUAGUAGAAAGAAAGUAGAAGAGAUAAGAAAUAAGGUAGGUUUUGACAGUAGUUUUGUGAUAGAUAGCAGAGGUUUUAGUGGAGGUUUGACUUUUUUGUGGAAUAGCAGUGACAACUUCAAUCUUGAAUCAUAUUCCCAGCAGCAUAUAUCUCUUAUUUUGAAGAAGGCAGAGGUUAACACAGAAAUUCAGUUCACUAGGUUCUAUGGUAGCCCGUAUACUGUUAAAAGGAAUGAUAGCUGGAAGUUAUUGAAACUUUUGAAACCUAGACAGGAUAAACCUUGGUUCUGUUUUGGAGAUUUUAAUGAGAUUCUUCAUCAACAUGAAAAGAAAGGGAUAGCUACAAGACCAUACAAUCAAAUGGAGGAGUUCAGAGAAGCAAUGGAGACAUGUGGCCUGGCUGAUUGUGGUUUUGAAGGACAAAAAUAUACCUGGAAUAAUAACAGAGAAGGUACUCUUCUCACUAAAGAAAGAUUAGAUCAUGCCAUGGGAAAUUUGCCACUAUCAAGUGUAUUUUCUGAGAUUAACAUUUGUGGUCAAGUUGCCUACACCUCAGAUCAUUGCUCUCUGGUGAUGUAUUUGGGAAAUGAAGAAAGACAUGCAGCUCUUAUAGAAAGGAGAAGGGAAAAGAUAUUUAGGUAUGAAGCAAGCUGGAACCUAAGGGAUGAAUGUAGCAACUUGAUAAAUACAUAUUGGUCUCAACAACAAGAAAGGGAGGGGAAUAAGAUGAGGCUAGUCUAA